AUGGUUGAUGGUCUCACCCUCCUGAUCGUAGAGCUUUCAGAUAGCAGGUUAUAUGGUGAGCUCAUGUCAAAGGCACGUAAUGCUUUAGUUGCCACUGGAUUACUGGUCUUCGCUGGUGCUGGCUUAUCAUUUCCGUUCCUUUUUGUGAAAUCAAAGAACAGACCUAUCAUUGAUUCCUCAAAACCUCUGCCACCACAGGCUACUUUCCGAGGGCCAUAUGUGAAUACGGGAUCACGUGAUAUUGGACCUGAUCCUACCAACUAUCCCAAGAAGUGA